AUGAAGGCCUUCAGCUAUCUCUCCGCUGCUUUGGCUCUCAAUGUUGCAGAUGCCUACCUCGUCAACCCUCCUGGCGCCGCUGCUCCAGGAACUACAUCAAGUUGCAGCGGAUGGAUUCAAAAGUCGUAUGGCUUGACCUGCGAAAUAAUUGAGCAGUACUAUGGCAUGACUGAGGAGCAAUUUGAGUCAUGGGUGAGUGGUUGUUUCUCCAACCCCAGCGUGAAUCUCCUAGGAGACGGCUGUAAUCUCAUCUCAGGUCUCUACUACUGCGUAGAGGUCAAUUUCGUCACGAUAUCAGUAUCACAUCCAACUCUUCCCCCAACCUCAAGUACUUCCCGCAGUGCUACCACAACCUCGUCCGGCAACGGCAUCACUACGCCUACCCCAACACAGACAGGCAUGGUCUCCAACUGCAACAAGUUCUACUAUGUCAUCGAAGGAGACGGCUGUUACGAUAUCGCUGCCGCCAACGGCAUCGCCCUCAACGACUUUUACACUUGGAACCCAGCUGUGAAAAACGACUGCUCAGGUCUAUUCCCAGAUUAUUACGUUUGUGUUGGGGUUACUGGCACAAAACCGACAUCUACUACAACGUUGAAGACAACGACAACCUCAUCUGGAAACGGGAUUGCGACUCCUACGCCAACUCAGACCGGCAUGGUAAAGAACUGCAACAAGUUUUAUUAUGUCGUCUCCGGAGACGGCUGUUAUGACAUUGCCGCAGCUAAUAACAUCGCCCUGAACGAUUUCUACUCAUGGAAUCCAGCAGUCAAGACUGAUUGUUCGGGCCUAUUCCCCGACUACUACGUCUGUGUUGGAAUCAAGACAUAA